AUGGAUAAAAAACAACAAUUACUUAAUCAUGAAAGUUACCUUUUGAAGGAAAUAGAGCAUUAUGAAAAGCGAAUUAAAGAAGCGUUAGAAAAUGAGAAAUCCAAAGCAACUUACAUUGAAAGUGAUAGCUCUGAUUUAGAAUAUGAAUUGAAAAUAAAUAAUGAAUCGUCAUUAUUGGACUUGAAGCUUGAAAAAAAAACAGCUUAA